CGGCAGAGGUCAUAUGUUAUACUGAUAAGGAUUUUUAAUUAGAUGCUGCUAUAAACACGCCCAGUAUGUAGACAGUGAAUAUAUCAUACUCAAUGGACGACCUAACUCCAUUGAUCCUCGAGCAGUCGGGAACGCCGGUUCGCACGAUGGUAUAUAAAGUGAAUUACUAAAAUUGGGACAAAAAUAUUACUAAACCCACAGUUUUUAUUAGUGUUUGUGACCUAGAGAUACAGGAAUAUUGAUAUGGAGGAGACUAAAGCGUCCAUGUUGGAGGUGACAAAAUUCGAUAAGGACCUGUUCAGCGUCGUUCAUUUCAUAGAAAGGCCUCACGAUGACAUUGAAAGUUUGGUCUGUGUGCCUACUAAGUGGGGCAAAAAGAUGCAUGGCUUCACAUAUGUAAAGUAUCCGAUAGAGGAUGCACUUCAGACUGAAAUACGUGUCCGGAAGCAAGAGAAACCCAGCAAAGAAUGGGAUUCGUAUCAAAGCGUCGAGUUGCAUGUUACAGCUACCUAUGAGAAAGCUGAAAAAUUUAUCGCAAAUAGGAAACGGCGAGCAGACAAGAAGUUCAACAAGUCAAACGUCAAAGAUACAAAUAAACUGGCUACCACGAUGAAAGCUCAAACCAAAGAACCAUAUAUUACGAAGCAGAAAGUUGAUAAGCAUAUUGAAGUAUCUAAGAAAUUGCAACAGUUGUUUGGUAGCGACGAAGAUUUUACGACGACGACGGAUGUAACUAACAAAUUAACCCAAACAAAUUUUAAUGAACGUUGCUCAUCAUCCACUCACAUACAAAAUCAACGUGCAAAUUGUUGUCAAGAACAUUCUGGAGCUUUUUCCAAUCCUUGCCCUCAUCACAAUUGUUGUAAUAAACCAACUAGGGUGACUGAAGGAUUUAACAUCUAUAUAAAUGGCAUUCAUGUGAAUGCUUUUCCCCAUAUUGGUGUGAAUAUAGUUCCUACAAGAAACGAAUCCUUCUCCAGCAAUUACAUGCCAGUAAACUACAUGCCUGCAGUAGCACCGAAUGGCCCAGCCCAGAUCCCAAACCAGUAUUGGCAAAACUAUAAUCAUUUUCCUUCUGGGCCAAGUCAAUUACAAUCUGCUAUUGAUUAUGGGAGUAGUGUACAAAAUCAAAUGAACCAAGCAAAUAAUUCACAGAUGCAAAACUACGCGAGUACCGGUCAAAUGGUAUCGCAGCAAGUUCAAACUAACAAUGAGACAACUAAUUCGCAAACACAAACAGACUCAUCUCUAUCUCCAACAAUAACAGAGAUAACUAACAACAAAUGUAGUUCAUCCACGCAAACCGAGUAUGAUUCUAAUAAAUCAUCAGAGAGAGUCAUUCGUAGCAACGAAGGAAGUCCGUCACGCAUGCCCAUGCCGUCUAAUUCGAAUCAAAACACCGAUAAUUAUGUUCAAAGCAGCAACAUACCCGCGUCAAACGAUCAAACAAUGAACAACAGCACUAGUGAGAAAGGAGCCCAAAUAGUAAAUUCAAAUUUUACAUUCCCGAGCGAUGUAACUAUAACGCACUAUAAUUGCGUUCCAAUGACAGAAGAACGAAAAAGACGAAACUACACUUAUAGUCCACACUCUUCAAAUCAUUCUACUUCUAGCCAAAUGGUAAGCGUCAAGGCGCAAUAUGAUAGACGAUAUAAUCCGGUGAUAGAACAGCAGACACAAAAUAAUUCGAAGCGAGUACGGAACGCGGGAACUCAAUCCAAUAAUGCGGGACAAAUAUCAAAUGCCAAUGGAAAUGCACCCCCACCCGUUCAACAUCCAUCCCAAUACAACCCAUCUGUUCCUAUUUGGCAGAUAAAUAAACAACAUCUUCAAACGAACAGACAGGCUAUCCCUGUUCAAGAAAAAUUCACUGUGCAAGGUAAUGUUCAUAACACCAGAGGUUAUAAUAAUACGAGAACAAAUAAUUCGUUACGUGUUUCAACUUCUGUACAUGAACACGAGGCAAUUGCACCUCCAGCAAUCCAAACGAGGAACCAUCAAACAAUCGGAGAUAAAAUAUACAGUCAGAUAGAGGCCCAAAUAUUGGCACUUGACAAGUCGGUCGGAAAGUGAAAAUGAGAACUUUGUAUGUGGGAGUCGAGCACGCUUCGGCACGAAUUGGGCCAGCUCGCACCGGGGAAGUACCACACCCUCACAGAAAACCGGCGUGAAAUAGUGGCAUGCCACUGUGUUUCGUACGGUGAGUGGG